AUGCGGAAGCGCUCGGCGCUCGCUGAGGAGCGGCUCCCGGAAGCGGCGAAAAGGGGCCGCGGGGCUCGAUCAGGCCGCCGGGAUCGCGGUGGUGCCGUCAGAGCCGGCACGCACGCUUCCCCCGGUGGAGCGUGCAUCCACCUUCCGCCCUCCGCUCCUUUCCGGGUUAACGCGGCAGGUGAUGCUCUGCAUAGCCAGACGUGCGGCCCUCCCUCAACACUGCCGUCGGGGAGGAACACGGUUCUUACCGAGGCUCACUUGUAA